AUGUUUCGUGCAAAUAGUGUAUCCCAAAACAGAGGACUAGAGGGCAUUGUUUACACCUCACAAAGCUUUUUCCAUAUCGCAGUCAGUUGCAGCACAGCGGCAGUCAUGCAUGGAUGCUCGUGGCUGUUGCAAGUUGGCUUCUGUAGACCUGCGAGAGUUGUAAGCCUCCUCCCUGUGACCGCAAUGGCUUCUGCGCACGCGCACGCCUGCCGGACACAGGUGCAAUCAGGUUGUCAUCUUGCAUGGUGCUAUGAGAGGUGUAAGAAAGCAGAGCACGGCGAUACCUUAGGCGAGCUACAGGGCAUAGCUGCAAGCUUCGGCGUGAAGUUGGUCUUGCAGAAGAAGUCCACAGGCUUUCUCAAGUGGCUGGGGACUGCAAAGGAGAACGUCUUUCUCUUGGCAGACUGGCGUGAAGCAAAGCCCAUCGUGGAAGGUCUCGGAGGACUUGAGCGCCUGACGGGGCAGCAGCAACUUCGGAUGUGCAUUCUGGCCCAGUCAGACAACAGCUUUCAGCGUGCUUCAGAGUGGACCAUGCGUGUGCGGCAGUCUCAUGGCAUAGACAUUCUCGUGCUGGAUGGCUUCUCGCGCGCAGGUGUGAAAGACUUCAUCGCACGCAGUUUUGAUGAGACCAGUUCCUGUGCAUCCCAGGAAGGGGAUACAGACACGGAUUCGACACGAGCAUGUUCCGAAGACCUCAUGAAUGACGAGGCAUUCGACGAAUAUCUUGACGACUAUGCCUUCCGUCUCUCCCUGCCCGGUCUCGUGAGAGCGGUGCAGGACCCGCAGCAGGCUGCCCGACUCGAGCAGAUGAUCAAGCACACCAUGUGGCAGCUCUACGAGGACUGA